UAAGGAUGAUUUACAGUAAAUUUGAUGUUUAUUAUUUGUUCAUGUCGGCACUAACUUUUACUCCAAGUCAUUUUGCACCGAAAAUUAUGAUCUACCAUUCGAUUUUUUUCUCAGGAAAUCCGUGUUGGGAAUUCAACUUAACAAAUGAAUAUUAACCGUAAAUUUUAAAAUAUAGUAGAUCAAGCAAUAUUUUUAUCUGUGUUUUAGGUAAAAAACUUAACCCAAUAUUUUGUCAACAAAAUGGUCACUACAGAAUGUUUUUAAAUGGCAUCCGUUAAAAUUCCCGAGCAGAAAGUAAUUUUAUGCGGUGAAUAUGGUGUGGGAAAAAGCUCAUUAUUUCGCCGAUUUACGAGCAAUAUUUUUGUAACAGCGACAGAUAGAAAAUCAACCUUGGGGCUUGAUCAUUUCGAAAAGCCUUAUCACGCCUCCGAGAAGGAUAUCAAGUUGCAGUUAUGGGAUACAGGUGGCAUGGAAAGAGUGGCAUCAAUCACUUCAAGUUAUUACAAGUUUGCAGAAGCGGCAAUAUUAGUUUUUGCUUUGGAUAAUCCAGCAUCCUUCCAUGUAUUAUCGCAACAUCUAUUAGAUAUAGUGACAUAUGCUGAAAACGCCAAAAUUUUUUUGUGUGGUAACAAAAGUGAUCUGAUGACUUACGAGACUCCUCAAAUAUCCAACUUAGAAAUUGAGGCAUUCUGUGAGCAGUGUCAUGAUCUAAUUUCUGGAAUUUACAAGACUUCAUGCAAGACAGGUGAGGGUGUGGAAGAAAUGUUCAGUGAUAUUGCUCGCCAGCUUGUCAAGUGUAACAGAUCCCGCUUAGAACUACAGUCUAUGGAACAACAUGGAUUUAAAAUAACACAAGGGGAAGAAGAAGAACAUCCCCAGGAGAGUUGUAUUUGUUAGCUAGUUUAAGGUAAUUUUAUAAAGUAAAAAAAAAAAACAUACAAACAUUGUUGGAAAAAACAUUCUAGUCCUCAGUUAGUUUUUGUACUUGUAAAAGUGAAAUGUGAGAUGCUCAGUAAUUAAAUUUAUACAUUUUAUCAACUGCACUUGUUAUUGGUUUAUAAUAAUAGCAUAAUUCUAAUUGAUUUGAAUAUUAACAUUGUAGCAGACACAAAACAUUUUCAUGUGCAUAUUCUGUAAGAAAUUAUUGAAUAAAAUAUCGAUAAAAAUCUAAA